AUAUGAUUCGUCUUGAUUCGUGUUUACGGCAAAAUCGGUGAAGAUGAAUGGAUGAAUAUUCAUUUUUUAUUUAAAUAGAGAUCAAAUUUCCAAUUCAUUCUUAUAAUUCCAAUAGUAUUAUUGUAAAGACUUAUUUCAUUUUUACGUCCAGUUGAAUUAUCAUUCCUUAUCAACAAUGUGCAACAUAAAACCUUCAGAUUCCGAGGAAGAUAUUUUGGAGGUAGUGGAGCCAACGGAAUCAGAUGAAAGUGAUGCAAGCACUUCAAUUGAAGAUUAUUAUGAAGAAGCUAAUGAAGAGGAAGAGGAAGAGGAUGAAGAAGAAGCAGGUAGUUCGGACGCCGAUCAAGGCGCUAAUGGUGGUAAUGAGUCGUUCACAGAUUGCAUGAAGAAUCACAUGAGUAGCAGCAGUCGGCCACCACAGAUUGGGUGCGAAGGCCAAAUCGCAGACAUCAGCUUUCAUCCGCAGACCAACGCUUUGGCCGCUGCUGGCAUAUCGGGCGAUCUGGUUAUCUACAAAUACGACUUGACGGAAAACGUGACUCAGCGCACGAUAGAGGUGCACACCGGUGCCUGCCGGGCCGUAGAGUACUCGUUGGACGGAGCACUUCUCUUCACCGCCUCCAAGGACAAGUCCAUUGUGGUCUCGGACAGCGAGACGGGACAGUUCCGGCAUGUCUUCGAUAAGGCCCACAGUGCGGGCCUGUACAGUUUAUCAAUAAUCAGUGAACAUCUGUUUGCGACAGGAGACGAGGAUGGUGCUGUUAAAUUAUGGGACAUAAGGCAUAAACAGCCUGUUCUCUCUGUCCAUAAAGUGAAAGACUACAUCAGCAGCAUUGUAACGAAUGACUCGAAACGAUAUCUGGCGUGCACCACGGGAGAGGGAACUGUUGUAUCUAUCAAUAUUGUCGCCAAAAAGUUUCACGUAGAGUCGGAGCCAUACGAAUCGGAGCUGACCUGUGCAGGUCUCUACAAGGACGAGGCGAAGCUGGUGUGUGGCACGGCUACGGGCAAACUGCUCGUCUACAACUGGGGGGAGUUUGGAUUACACCUGGACGAGUUCCCCGGACCCAAGAAGAAGAGCAUCAACUGCCAGGUGGCCAUAAACGACAAUGUCAUGGUCACUGGAUGGGAGGACGGCAAGAUCAGUUGUGAUCAACAUGGAAGAGAUACUGUUGUGGUCCCUUUAGUGUUCUAUACUGUUUUGAGUAACCAAUUGCAUGUUUGUUUGUUUUAUCAGUCGGAGCCAUACGAAUCGGAGCUGACCUGUGCAGGUCUCUACAAGGACGAGGCGAAGCUGGUGUGUGGCACGGCUACGGGCAAACUGCUCGUCUACAACUGGGGGGAGUUUGGAUUACACCUGGACGAGUUCCCCGGACCCAAGAAGAAGAGCAUCAACUGCCAGGUGGCCAUAAACGACAAUGUCAUGGUCACUGGAUGGGAGGACGGCAAGAUCAGGGCGACCCACAUCCACCCCAACAAGCAGCUGGGAGUGAUAGGCCAGCACCAGCUGUCAGUUGACUCACUCGACAUAUCGCACGACGGUUCCUACAUUGCCUCCUGUUCGCUCGACGAGAAAAUAUCGUUUUGGCCUAUCGACUUUUUUAACAAUAUCGAUCUCAACGUUGGUAUCGACAAGAACACCAACCUGCCAUCAUCACAGGUCACCGACCACAAGACUUUCUUCGCCGAUCUCGCCUCCGAUUCAUAGAUUUAUCGAUCAUUUCAGAGCAGUAGAACUCGAUUGUCCGAUUCGAUAGUCGAUGUUUGGGUAUAGAUCAUUUUCAAUUCCCGAAUCCAUACUUGACACAUCAAUGUUUGUCGAUUUACUGUUCACCUCAAUAGUCGAUGUUUGAUUAUGGAUCAUUUUUAUUGGUAGUAUCAAUACUUCGACACAUAGAUGUUCCAAAAAUUGCUUAAUCGAUACUUGACGAAUCGAUGUUAGUCUUUCGAUAAUUUUUCAUUUUCGAAAUCUAUACUCUUAAUACAUCGACAACUUUAAUUUUACGUCUUUACAUGAUAAGAUUGAUGUUUCUCUUUCAACUUCCAAUCUCCGAAGAAAUACUUUGUAAUAUUGAUACAUCGAUGUUUGUUUAUCGAUAUUAUAGUCUAAAUAAAUACUUGAUAUAUCGAUGUCGGAUUAUCGAUAAAUUUGAUUCUUGGAGUCGUUACAAAACAGGUUUUAUAGGUAACUUUUAAUAUUCAAUUAGAUACUUGAUACAUCGAUGUUUAGUUGUCGAUAAUGUGUAGUAUUGAGAAUUAUUUAAGUUUAAGUUGGGUGAAGUUUGAAGGACAGAAACAGUAUUUUCAUUCGACAGUCUGUUUCUAUUGACAGAAGACAGAAACAUCACUCAAUUAGAUAUUAUUUGUAAUUUAAUGAUAUUUCUUGAUUAAUAAUUUCUCUAUUAUCAAAAUACUAGAUCUUGACAACGGUAGAUUAGGCCUACAGAUCAUUGUAUUAAUUAGGUAGUUCAUAACUGCAGCAUUCAGAUGAAUUUCGACCAACUUUAUUGGAGGAGCUCUGUUGAGAAGUCUACCAAAGACUGUAGAGCUAGCAAAAGAAAUAAAAAUACUGAAUAAUAGUUAAUUUUAUUCUAAUCUAUGUCUUAUUAAGGGGAGAAGAGCCAAAUAUGGCUAGAACAAAUGAAAAAAUGUUGAAGAUGACAAUGUAUCUCAAUAAUUUAUUUUAUUAUGAUACUGAAAUAUAUGAAAAAAAACGAUUUUGUUUUGAAAGUAAUAAUGACAAUGUAAAGAUAAUAACAAUGGAAGUAAAGAUGACAAUGUAUUUCGAUGAUUUAUUUUAUUAUGAUACUGAAAUAUGGGAAACGAUUUUAUUUUGAAAGUAAUAAUGAUAAAAAAACAUGCUCGAUGGCGAUAUUUUAAAAAUAACUUUGACAUGAGUGUAUUCACUUUCAUACAUUUAUUGAUGAAUAUUUAGAGACCAUACAUGAUAAACUGUACUCAUUGUGCUCAUUUUAGUUUUAUUAAUUUACUAUUAAACCCAAUAUUAAAAAUAAUUAUUGAAUCGACAUAAGACUGUACUGCAGUUAGUUCUUCAUUCAGUACUGAUAUCUUACAUAUUGACAUAAUAUAUUAAACUUUUUACAAUAGAUUCUAAACCUAGACUAAACUCCAUACAUUUUAAUGUGUUUGAUAAUUAUUAUCAUAAAUCAUCCUUUUUGCUUAUUAAUUAUAACAAUGUAGAUACGUCGUUAUUUAUUAACAAAAAUACACUGACUAAUUUAUUAGGAUAACCUGAACAAGAACGUAGAAUAGAUUGAGAUAUUGACAAAAUAAAUGUGUCAAAAUUAACUUGAAAUGAAUUAUUGAGAUAUUGACUAGAGAAAUUUGUCAAAACAAAUGUGAUGAAAUCAACCAUAAGUUGAAAUGAUUUUAUAGCAUGCUAAAAACACGAGGUACCUUUGUUAAAUACUGUCACCACAUUUGGGGUUACCCAAUAAAGAUAGAAGAUAUUUAGAUUUAAAAUUAGAAAUGUGAAGAUUCGGAUUAUCGUAGUUCUACUGCUGAGGCUCUAUUCUCAACCUGUAACCAAUAUCGCAAUAUGUUCAAUAAUACGUGUACCUUUGUAAUGGAUGUAUCAUAAUUAUAAUAUACGAACCAAAUUAUAAUUUCAAUAAUUUUGUUAGAACAA